UUGACUGAAUAAAUAGGCUAAUGAACUCAGUUUGACUUGAGAUGACAAGAGGCACUAAAGCUUCAUUGUUUUAUCAACUCAAAUAAUAAUGUAUGUAGGCUAUCAUUGUCGCGUAAUAGGCUGCCCAAGACAACAUGAGUUGAAUUUCAAUGUAGGCUACAGUAAAAUGAUCACUCAAUUAGGCGACUGGAGAGGGGAAGCAUGGUCGUGGAGAGAGAAAGCGUGGUCGUGGAUGCUGUGUUUUGAUUGGGCUAUCCAGGAGACUCGUAAUGUGCGCAGUCCGAUAUAAACCCAUGCAGACCAGCGCUCUAUCUGUCAUGCUCGUCAAAAGAAAUCAGUGUACGGUCCAUGGAAGCCGCAUUGUGUAGAUGGUAGCCUACUUAGUAACCUAAUAGAAUUACAUUGUUGAAAACACGGCACUGUACAUCUUCAGAGCUGUAUGAACUAUAUAUCAGACAAGCAAGAAACACUAUUUGUAUUUUGUUAGAUCAUCAGUGAUUAUUGAAUAAUGCCUUUGAGGACCGGACUUUUUCUUCUAAUGGUGCUGAUUGCAUCUGCAUAUGAACUGGAUCAGAACGAGUCGUAUUCACCCAGAAGAGCCCGCUUUUCAGCAAAUACCCCUUCUGAUGUGGCACGCUGUCUGAACAGUGCCCUCCAAGUAGGCUGUGGAGCUUUCGCCUGCCUGGAGAACUCCACGUGUGACACAGAUGGCAUGCACGACAUCUGCAAGUCCUUUCUCUACAGUGCAGCUAAAUUUGACACUCAGGGCAAAGCCUUUGUUAAAGAGAGCCUCAAGUGCAUUGCCAAUGGCAUCACCUCAAAGGUGUUCCCCACCAUCCGCCGCUGCUCCACCUUCCAAAGAAUGAUCUCAGAGGUUCAGGAGGAGUGCUACAGCAAGCUAGAUAUCUGCACUAUCGCCCGCAUCAACCCAGAUGCCAUUGGAGAGGUGGCACAGCUCCCAAGCCACUUCCCCAACAGGUUUUACGGUAAGCUCCUCCAGAGCCUGAUGGACUGUGAUGAGGAGACUGUGGACCUGGUGAGGGCCAGUAUGGUGUCCAGGCUCGGCCCAGAGAUGACUAUUCUCUUCCAGCUGCUGCAGAACAAGCCCUGCCCCUCGGCUGCUGCUGCUAUUGCUGCUGCCAUUCCAACUGGAGUGGAGGGCCGUGGGAGCUUGCAGUGGUCCAUGGGUCCACACAUGUAUAAGAUCCAGCCUGGUCUACGCAACAGAGACUCUGCCAGCCAUUUAGGCAAGAAGCGUGCCACUGGUGACAGCUCCUAACUCCCACUCAGAUCCGGAAACUACACACACCCCUCAAAAACAUAAACACGCUAACAGUGGUCUCUUCACUUGGGUAUUUAAGAAUCAUUCCUCUCCAGACUGGAAAAUAACAUGCACCUCUAAGAGAAUAGCCAAUGUGUUUCAAGUAUGUUUAACAUCAAAGUUUGAGUUGUUGUGUGAGGUACCUUAGGUUUGAGAGGAUCCCCUCCCCUAAACUAUUUCCUAACUCUUAUCACUCACACUGUUUGUUCAUUGAACAUGUUAUUGUAGCACCACAACUUGGCCCUGUUCAUUCCUGUUCACUUCCCAUACUUGAUAUAGAAUCAUCUGAGAGCCAAGUAUGAUCUGAGAGCCUAGUGAGGAUGAUGUCCCUCUAAGUUUUCUGUCUAGGAUUUCAAGCAUAAACCUGCAGGUAUGGUUCAUCUCUAUAGAGCACAAGUGUUCCCAAAUAAUUUUGGUUGCAAUAUUCAAAUGUGCACCCAUUAGUAGAAUAUCAAUUGAUAAAUCAACAAUAUCUUCAUCAAUAGAUAAUUAUUAAUAGACAUUUCAUACAGUUUAUGUGAGAUAUUUCUAUAUUAUGAGAUUAGUCAAAUGAGUGUGCUAUAUAAAUCAGUGUCACGUAGUCACUGACACAAACAGGAUUUAUUUAUUUAUUAAUUAUUAGUCUCAGAUAGCCACAGCUAGCUCUGUGAGAGAGGCGUGUCCCUCAGAUGAGAGCAAUCCUAAUCAACUUUGCGCAGGAAACUACUUUAGACCGACCAAAUAACUUGAAACCACCCAAAAUGUUAUUCAAACCAGACUUAAAUGUGGUGGAAGGUGUUUAGCUAAUGCCAAAUACCAGAGAAUAUAGCAUUGUUUAGAUACAACUAUAUAUGUUCUGUCCUGAAACACUCAGUUCACAAUAAGUACGGACCAGCAGUGUAACUUAUGAGCAGGUGACCCCCUGAGAUUGAUAGAGGUCACCCCCUUGGACUGAUGAACAAUAUUCUCCCUGGUGAAUAUGACACGGAGGGGUUGGAUCAUACACACUGACUUCCAGUGUUGAUAAUGACUAUUUAAAAGCCUUGUUGGUAUAACAUUGAUAUUUAUUUUCCUACUAUAUUUAACUUGUUAUUUUAUGAUGUUGCUGUAGUUUUAGUUACAGAUAUAACAUUUUAAAGUGCAGUUUGGUCAUGGCUCCUAUUUCAAUGGGGGCUCAUGAUCAAAUACUAUAGUAUCUGCCACUCUCCACGCUUUCCGCUCUGUUGACUGAAUAGGACCCAUGGUAUGCCUCUGUGCUGGACAUAGGGGAACAACAUUGUCACUUAUGUACUGUUGCAAGGGGACUUUGUGUUUAUUUUCCAAACCCAGUUAAUAAUGUUAUAAAGGUAGAGAGAAAUUGUGGUCAAGCCAUUCAUUGUACAUUUAACAAACAGCUAAACUUGAAGACGGAACUGCAAAGCAUUUGCUGAAUCUAUUCUUAACAUCAUGCAAAAUAAUGUAUCUCUCAGAAAGCUUACCCUAGUGACAUAACUCCUUCACUGCUUCAACAGGGGGAGAUUAAUUCAUAAGAUUUUGAGCAGUGUAUUCUCACAGUGCACAUGCCUGGCUGAGGGAGACGUACAACAGGGGGAGAUUAAUUCAUAAGAUUUUGAGCAGUGUAUUCUCACAGUGCACAUGCCUGGCUGAGAGAGACGUACUUCAGGGGGAAAGAACGUUAAAGAGAUGUGAUGGUUUUACAGUACAAAAUCAUUUGAAAUGUUAAAAACGCACAAACCUAUGCAAUAAUCUCUCAUAUGGAGGAUUCACAGUAACACACAAACAUGCCCUUUGUCACAAACAAAGUCAGCUGAUGCUGAAUAUAUAUGUGGCAGCAGCUUAUUUGCUCCCAUACUUAUAGUGAAGUAGCAGACAACGUGCCCCUGGACUCCCCCUUUCUGUUGCCGACUUUGUUGCUGUGGUCUCUGUUGUAUUGUUUUUUUGUUUAGUAUUUUUCUUGGGAUAUAAUAUCUUGCUUUUAGUAGCAAUAUUGUGUAUAUUCAAAAUAAAAAAGUAAGGAAAAAAAUCCCUCAGAAAUGUUAAGACUGUAUUACUUAUGUUACAUGUGCACUUUGCAUCUCUUAUGACCACUAAAGGGCCACUGAAUCGUUCAACACUUGUGAUGGGUUGGGGCUACAUCCUUUCUGUACUGUUAAUAUCUCUGUCUGUAAUAGCUGGACAAAUCCAGAACAGUUGCUGCUAAAGAAUAGCUUGCUCCCUUGUAUGAUGGAUUAUAAUUUCCCCUAAAACAUUUACUUGGAUAUCUUUGGUAAAAACCCAUUCACAGAACCUGGCAUCAAUCUGUAUACUUGCAUUUUACAUUCAGUUUGGCACUUCUUCUGGAAUUUGUACAUUUCUUUGAAUGUUGCUUGCAGUGAAUAUAUGCCAAUUGUAUUCUGUUUAUUUCCUCUCCCUUGAGACUAUGCUUAUACAUCCAAGUUCUGGGUAACUUCAGAGAAUGUAUCUUAUAUUGAAUGUCUGUUCUGUUGAGGAUGUGCCCAAACCUAGAUGGUUCAUUAUCGUAUUUUAGAAUGUGUGUUUCGUUUAAAGGUGGUGUAUGAAAGUCUGAGAAUUAAAUUAAAUUAACAGACUUACAAGUCAUAUUUUGUUAUUUCAAGACAUGUUUUGUUCAUUAGCCUUUUACUGCAGUGGGCUAAAUCAGGGUCACACAAUGUUUCUUGGUAGUCUUAAACAAAUCUAUUUUAGGUGUGUUCAUAAAUUCACUCUGAAGUACCAGUGUGCUCUGGGCGUUUGUAAAUUCAUAGCUUUUUCAGAGCACACACCGCACGCUCUGGCCGAGGAGUAGGGUUGAUCCAAGCUUCCUGACCUCACAACUGCACUUAGACACCCAAGCUAACUGGCUGAAGUUUGCUUGCUUGCUAGCUACUUCCAGACACAAAUGACAGAACACCUCACUCUGACCAGUUUACUCGCCCCAGCAGAGCUUAUUUUCAUGUUAUGUAGAGCGUUGUUGACUAAUUGUGCUGCUGGCAACAAUUUAAUUACGUCUUUUGCCAACAUUUACUGACACCGGUCAUAAAUUGCUCAGUUAUUCUGUGCUUUUGCACACUCAGACGAGAGUGCCCGGAAAUCGGCGUAGAUAGCCUGAGUGGAUUUACAAACGCACCCUUUGAAACAAAAGCAUACACCUCACACACGUGGUUAUGGGCUUGAUAAAUGAAGACACCUGUACCCUGUAAGAUAUAGCGUUGAAAUGUAUUCCAUUUUUAGUUUGCAUCCCAAUAUUACACUUUGUAUACAUCACAGAACACUGAAAUAUAACAAAACCUUUUGCAAAGAAACACUGGAUUUUUUGCGUUAAAAAUAUACAUGUUUAUGAAUUAUGAAUAAUUCCACCCAUGAGGCCACUAAUUCCACCCAUUUGGUCAUUUGACUGCAGGAAAGGGCUACGCUAUUUGUUGCAAAUCAAGAUUAGGGUGAAUUUUGGGUGGUAGGCCUACUGCAUUAUUAGCUAGAUCUAUAGCUAAAUCUAUCCAUAGUGAAAUCAUCAGCAGCAGUUUCUUUUGAUACACUAUACGUUUAGGGCAGGUUGGGGACUGGGCUCCCUGAACUCUGGAACUUCAUGGUACUCGUUCUUCUCAAGACUUGAAAUCAAUAUAAAUACAGUAUAUGUAUACUUUUGCCAGAAUUAAAACUAUUGGGGUGAUUAAUAAGAAUUACAUCUUAAUCGUAGUGACAGUUACUUUACUUUCAAAUUCGUAGAUGAAAUUAAUCAGUAAGACAUUUGAGGAGAUUGCUUGCUGAAGUUCCUAAUACAGUAGCUACUGUAUGUUAAGCAUGAUUGAUCCUUGUGAAUCACUUGCACUUUAAUACAUACUCAUCUACAUAUAUACCCAUACUGUAGAUAUGUAUGGGGGUUUUCUCUGUGCUGAAACUUAUGAAAGAUACAAAUGUAUCAUCUGUGUGUCUUUGCUGAUUAGAAAUAAACUAUUAUCA